UACCCCUUCAAAGCGGCCACUCCACCAAUUCGAAAAUCACCCUACCUCCCCUCAAACCCACGCUCAAUACCUCGGCCCGCUGCCGAUAUAAUGGGUAGCGUUUCCUUCGCCGAAGAUACCAAAUUGCCGCAGGAAACCCCGUUUGUCGAAGAGGAGAGUUCAGUCUUUCCUUACCAGGAUGGCCCUGAAAACAAGUCAUGGGCUGGAGCCCUUCCCUUGAAGCAGGGUCUCUAUGAUCCCGAGUACGAGAAGGAUGCUUGUGGUGUGGGUUUUGCUGCCCACAUCAAGGGCAAAGCAAGCCACAAAAUCGUUUCCGAUGCUCGGUCCCUUCUCUGCAACAUGACCCAUCGAGGUGCCGUUGGGUCCGAUGCCCGCGAUGGCGAUGGCGCUGGAGUUAUGACUUCCAUCCCCCACCGAUUCUUUGUCAAGGAGUUCGGCAAAGAUCAGGGCUUCACGCUUCCUCAACUGGGCGACUACGCGACUGGAAAUCUGUUCUUCAAGCCCGAUGCCGCAGCGCUGGAUGAAACCAAGGCAAUGUUUGAGGAUGUGGCGGACCAGUUGGAUCUGAGAGUGCUAGGAUGGCGAGUGGUUCCUAGGGACUCUACACUGCUGGGUCCGGCAGCUCUGUCACGAGAGCCUAUUAUUCUCCAACCUUUCGUUGUGUUGAAGAAAGCAUAUGGUGAGGGUAAGGAGCCAAAGGAGGACUUUGCAAGCACGCACAAUGCUGCAUACUUUGAGCGUCAGCUUUACGUGCUGCGCAAGAGGUCUACACACGUUAUUGGUCUGCACAACUGGUUCUAUAUCUGCUCCUUGAGCAACAAGAACAUAGUUUACAAGGGACAGCUUGCUCCCGUGCAGGUCUAUGAAUACUAUCACGAUUUGGUCUCUGUCGACUACGAGGGCCAUUUCGCCCUCGUUCAUUCCCGUUUCUCUACUAACACAUUCCCCAGCUGGGAUCGUGCACAGCCCUUGCGAUGGGCAGCCCACAACGGUGAGAUCAACACGCUACGAGGUAACAAGAACUGGAUGCGAGCCCGAGAGGGUGUGAUGAAAUCAGACAUGUUCGGUGACGAUCUCGAUCUUCUAUACCCCAUUGUGGAAGACGGAGGGUCCGACUCUGCCGCCUUCGACAACGUACUUGAGCUUCUCACCAUUAACGGUGUACUCUCUUUGCCAGAAGCGGUUAUGCUCAUGGUCCCCGAAGCAUGGCAAGGUAACCAAUCUAUGGAUCCCGCCAAGCAGGCUUUCUAUGAGUGGGCCGCUUGCAUGAUGGAGCCCUGGGACGGCCCAGCCCUGUUCACUUUCUCUGAUGGACGAUACUGCGGUGCCAAUCUUGAUAGAAACGGUCUCCGUCCUUGCCGUUACUAUGUUACCGACGAUGACCGAAUCGUAUGCGCCUCUGAAGUCGGAACCAUCUCCAUCGACCCUGAGCGGGUGGUUCAGAAGGGCCGUCUGCAGCCCGGGCGCAUGUUGCUUGUUGACACUGUUGCCGGUCGUAUCGUCGAUGAUACAGAGCUGAAGAACACAGUCUCUGCUCGAUUUGAUUUCCGAUCAUGGGUCGACAAGAACCUUUUGAGCUUGCCUAAAAUCAAGAACCAAGUCGUUGAAAAGGGCGUCGAUCUUUCCCACGCACUCACAGAGGCUCGUGUUCACGAGGAUCCUCGACUAAAAGCAUUCGGAUAUUCUUUGGAGCAGGUCACUUUGCUUCUUGCUCCCAUGGCAGCUGAUUCCAAGGAAGCUCUAGGCUCUAUGGGCAACGAUGCACCUCUGGCAUGUUUGGCGCAGCAACCUCGCCUCAUGUACGAGUACUUCCGUCAACUGUUCGCCCAAGUCACCAACCCGCCAAUUGACCCCAUCCGUGAGGCUAUUGUCAUGUCAUUGGAGGCUUACGUCGGUCCUCAAGGUAACCUUCUAGAGAUGGACGAGUCACAGUGUGGGAGGUUGCUCCUACCCUCCCCCAUCUUGUCUCUCGAGGAGUACAAAGCUCUGGUCAACACCCACACCUUGUACCCUGAGUGGACAGUGAAGACCAUCGACAUCACUUUCCCCAAGAGUGAAGGCGUUCAGGGCUACAUCGACGCUCUUGACCGCAUCUGUGAUGGUGCUACCGAAUGUAUCGACAGUGGCGAUAGUAUUCUCGUCCUUUCUGACCGUGCCACGUCCGCUGAACGCGUCGCUGUCUCUGCUUGUUUGGCUACUGGUAUGGUCCAUCACCAUCUUGUCCGCAAUAAGUGGCGAUCCCGAGUUGCCCUUGUCGUGGAAACCGCAGAGGCUCGUGAGGUUCACCAUAUGUGUGUUCUUGUCGGUUACGGUGCUGAUGCCAUCUGCCCAUACCUUGCCAUUGAAUGCAUCCUCAAGAUGCACCGUGAGGGCUUGAUCCGCAAGAAGUUGCCGCAAGAACAGCUCAUCGAGAACUACAAGCACUCUUGCGACGGUGGUAUCCUCAAAGUCAUGAGCAAAAUGGGUAUAUCCACCCUACAAUCGUACAAAGGCGCUCAGAUCUUUGAGGCUCUUGGUAUCGACGACUCCGUCGUGGAUCGAUGCUUCACUGGUACUGCCACACGUAUCAAGGGUGCCACUUUCCGCGACUUCGCCCAGGAUGCUUUUGCCCUCCACGAGAAAGGUUUCCCCUCCCGUCCUAUUGUCGAAGUGCCCGGGCUAUCCGAAACUGGCGAAUAUCAUUGGCGAGAUGGCGGUGAGCCUCACGUCAACGACCCGACUGCGCUUGCCAACAUCCAGGAUGCCGUCCGCACCAAAAACGAUAAAUCUUACGAGGCAUACUCCAUUGCUGAGUACGAGCGUAUCAAGGACUGCACUCUGCGCGGUCUGUUAGACUUCAACUUCGAAGAUCGCACUCCCAUUCCAAUCGAUCAGGUGGAGCCUUGGACCGACAUUGUUCGCAGGUUCGUCACUGGCGCCAUGUCUUACGGCUCGAUUUCAAUGGAAUCUCAUUCCACUCUUGCCGUUGCUAUGAACCGUCUGGGUGGAAAAUCCAACACAGGUGAAGGUGGUGAAGAUUCCGAGCGAAGCCUCCGGAUGGAAAACGGCGAUACUAUGCGCUCGGCUAUCAAGCAGAUUGCCUCCGGGCGCUUCGGUGUCACAUCCAACUACCUCGCCGAUGCCGAUGAACUCCAGAUCAAGAUGGCCCAAGGAGCCAAGCCUGGAGAGGGCGGUGAACUUCCCGGUCACAAGGUGUCUCAAUCCAUUGCUAAGACCCGCCAUUCCACCCCGGGUGUCGGAUUGAUCAGCCCGCCUCCUCACCACGACAUUUACUCCAUCGAAGAUCUCAAGCAGCUCAUUUAUGAUCUCAAGUGCGCCAAUCCCCGUGCUAGGGUUUCUGUUAAGCUUGUCUCCGAGACUGGUGUUGGCAUCGUCGCCUCUGGUGUCGCCAAGGCGAAAGCCGAUCACAUCUUGAUCUCCGGUCAUGAUGGUGGUACGGGAGCUUCUCGAUGGACUGGUAUCAAAUAUGCCGGUCUUCCUUGGGAAUUGGGUCUCGCUGAAACUCACCAAACUCUGGUGUUGAACGACCUCCGUGGCCGUGUUAUUGUCCAGACUGAUGGUCAGCUCCGCACUGGUAGGGAUGUUGCCAUCGCCUGUCUGCUCGGUGCUGAAGAAUGGGGUUUUGCUACAACCCCCUUGAUCGCCAUGGGCUGUAUUAUGAUGAGAAAAUGCCACUUGAAUACCUGCCCCGUUGGCAUUGCCACCCAAGACCCUGAGCUGAGGAAGAAAUUCGUCGGUACACCAGAGCACGUCAUCAAUUUCUUCUACUACGUUGCCAACGAGCUGCGUGCCAUCAUGGCCAAGCUUGGAUUCCGCACUAUCAACGAUAUGGUUGGUCACUGUGAGGUCCUCCGCGUGCGAGAUGACCUUCGCACUGCGAAAACCGAGAACAUUGACCUGUCUCUCAUCCUCACGCCUGCCCACACCCUUCGACCUGGUGUUGCCACAUUCAAUGUCCGCAAGCAAGACCAUCGUCUCCAUGUCCGCUUGGACAACAAACUCAUUGCCGAGUCUGAGCUUGCUCUCGAGAAAGGUCUCCCAGCUCGUAUUGAGUGCGACAUUGUCAACACAGACCGUGCUCUUGGUGCUACACUCUCCUACCAGAUCAGCCGACGCUAUGGAGAGGCCGGCCUACCCCAAGAUACGAUCCACGCGAACAUCCGUGGAUCUGCUGGUCAAUCUUUCGGCGCCUACCUCGCACCUGGUGUUACUCUUGAGCUGGAGGGUGAUGCUAACGACUAUGUCGGCAAGGGUCUCUCUGGAGGUCGCCUCAUCGUUUACCCGCCGCGCACUGCUUUGUACCGUGCCGAGGAGAAUAUCCUCAUUGGUAACGUCUGUUUGUACGGUGCUACUAAGGGAACUUGCUUCUUCCGUGGUGUAGCCGCCGAGCGUUUCGCUGUCCGUAACUCUGGUGCAACCGCGGUUGUCGAGGGUGUCGGCGAUCACGGAUGCGAGUACAUGACGGGCGGACGCAUCGUUAUUCUGGGCGCCACUGGUCGCAAUUUCGCUGCCGGCAUGUCGGGUGGUAUUGCCUAUGUUCUUGAUAUUCACCAGGAUUUCGAGCAGAAGGUUAACCAGGAAAUGGUUGAGCUCUCUGGUGUUGAAGAUCCCCAAGAAAUUGCAUUUUUGCGUGGCCUUAUCGAGGACCAUCACCACUACACUGGGUCCGAGCUCGCUGCUCGAAUUCUUCUCGAUUUCAACCGUGCCCUACCUCGCUUCAUCAAGGUCAUGCCGGUCGACUACAAGCGCGUGCUCAUGGAAGAAGCUGCCAAAGAGGCUGAAAAGAGGAAGAAUGAAUACCCACUCCCCAUUCUCCCUGGCAAUCCCGUUCGUUCCGCGCACGAAGAGUCAAUCAAGGCUGAACACGACGCCGAGGCGAAGGGGAAGAAGAAGAGUGAUCUUCUCGAUAUCGAAGAGAGUGUGAUCGACGCCAAGGCUGAGAAAAAGAAGGCACUUGUUCUGGACAAAACACGCGGGUUCAUGAAGUACCAACGUCGCUCCGAGAAAUACCGAAACCCAAAGACACGUACCCGUGAUUGGCAAGAGCUCUCCCAACGCUUGAACGAAGACGAGCUCAAGUACCAGACUGCUCGUUGCAUGGACUGCGGUGUACCGUUCUGCCAGUCUGACACUGGAUGCCCCAUUUCAAAUUUGAUCCCUAAAUGGAACGAAUUGGUCUUCGCUAAUCAAUGGAAGGACGCCCUUAACCGACUGCUGAUGACCAAUAAUUUCCCUGAAUUUACAGGUCGAGUAUGCCCCGCUCCAUGCGAGGGUGCCUGUGUGCUAGGCAUCAAUGAGGACCCUGUCGGCAUCAAGUCUAUUGAGUGUGCCAUCAUCGACCGUGGAUUCGAGAUGGGUUGGAUGGUGCCGACACCACCACAGCAGCGUACUGGCAAGAAGGUGGCCAUUAUCGGUUCCGGUCCUGCCGGUCUUGCCGCUGCUGAUCAGCUGAAUAAGUGUGGUCAUCAGGUCACCGUUUACGAGCGUGCUGACCGUGUUGGUGGUCUUCUCAUGUACGGCAUUCCGAACAUGAAGCUCGACAAGAAGAUUGUGCAACGUCGUGUCGACUUCUUGGCCGCCGAGGGUGUGGCUUUUGUCACAGGAGUGACCGUAGGAGCUGAUGGCCAGCCUUCUCUCGAGUCUCUCCGUGCGGAGAAUGAUGCCGUUGUCAUCGCUACUGGUGCGACCGUUGCCCGUGACCUACCAAUUCCUAACCGCAACCUGGAAGGGAUCCACUUCGCCAUGCAAUUCUUGCACAAGAACACGAAGUCCCUUCUUGACUCUGACCUCGCCGAUGACGCAUAUCUCUCAGCCAAGGACAAGCACGUCGUGGUGAUUGGUGGUGGUGACACUGGCAAUGACUGUAUUGGUACUUCAGUUCGCCACGGCGCCAAAUCGGUCGUUAACUUCGAGCUAUUGCCUCAACCUCCCGCGGAACGUGCUCGUGACAACCCUUGGCCUCAAUGGCCGCGCGUCUACCGCACUGACUAUGGUCACUCCGAGGUUAAAACACACAUGGGUAAAGAUCCUCGUGAGUACUGUGUCAUGUCCAAGGAGUUCGUAGACGACGGCAAGGGCAAUGUGAAGGGUAUCAACACUGUCCGUGUCGAAUGGACCAAGUCUGCUUCCGGUGGAUGGGACAUGAAGCAGGUUGAGGGUAGCGAGGAAUUCUUCCCUGCCGACCUUGUCCUGUUGUCUAUGGGUUUCUUGGGUCCUGAGGAGCGCGUUCUGGCCGACAUUGUGGAGCGCGACGCGCGCAAGAAUGUCAAGACAUCUCCAGGCCACUACAACACUAACCUUUCCGGUGUUUUCGCCGCUGGUGAUUGCCGUCGCGGUCAAUCUUUGAUUGUCUGGGGUAUCAACGAAGGAAGGCAAUGUGCUCGCGAUGUUGAUUCGUUCCUUUCUGGAGUCGGCACGCUGCUUCCUGUCACUGGUGGUAUCGUGAAGAGUCUCCCAUACGAGCUGCUCAACAAGGCAAAUGACACUCCCAAAGAGUUGCUUGCGGCCGCCGCUUAA